ACAGGGACAUUGAAGAUCUCUUUGCUGUAAUAUUGCAUUGUAUUUUUGCUUAUUCUAUAAGCAUACCUAUUUUGAAGAAAGCCUUAAACUUUUAAAUUAUCUUUUAUCUCUUGUACUGUUGAACAAAACUUUAAAGAUGAAGAAGUCUUUUGGAGUAGUGUGCAUAUCACUAAUUUUAUUUGCAGCUCUGUCAGAAACAAUUGGAUUAGUGAUUGCGGGUAAAGAGAAGCGAGGGUGGACACUAAACAGUGCUGGCUACCUUUUAGGUCCCCGUCGUAUUGAUCACCUAAUACAGAUAAAGGAUAAUCCCAGCGUAAGGGGGAGAGAAGAACUGCUAAGUCAAUACGGCAUUGACGGUCACCGCACUCUCAGUGACAAGCAUGGCCUUGCUGGAAAGAGAGGCAUGCCCCUGGACGAUGACUUCAAAACAGGUGCCUUGAGAAUAGCAGAUGAGGAUGUAAUACACACUGUCAUUGACUUCUUAUCAUACCUGAAACUUAAAGAAAUCGGAGCUCUGGAUACCAUGCCUUCCUCUCUCACAUCAGAAGAGAUGGAUCAGCCCUAGAUCAACUGAUCUCUUCUCUACGCCUCACCUGCCUACAAACAACAGUAUCUGUACAUUUCCCAUUAUACUGGUGUCAUCAUAACAACAAUAUACUAUACAGAUUAAUCACGUUCUUAUUAUAAUUUGAAAGAAAUGGAUUGAAUAAAACCUUUGAA